AUGGCUAUUGACUCCAGGGAUCCAGACGGCGACUCCGAGAUGGCUUCAUCCGCAGACUCAGUCCACACAGAUUCAGAUGCACCGGGCGCCCGCACUCCAACCCAUUUCGCUCACGCAUCUGCCGCCGCAGCGUCCGAACUCUCUCCUCCCGGCUCCCAACCUCAACAAAUCCCGGAUAUCUCGACUGCCGUACUGAAGGACAUGGGAACCGGGGCGCAGAAGUCCCGAGCGAACUCAGAACAUCUAAUUGGGUCCUGGCAGACCAAGCGUGCUCAGGAUGACUACCAGAAGGCGAUGGAACAUGUCGUGGAUAAGGACUUUAAUUUGCACGAGUUUGGUGACCCUUUCGAUGAGCGCGACUUGGAAGAGAAGCUCUUAUAA